AGUCAAGGUGUCGAAACGCGAUAAAGUGUCUCAAAUUUUGCGUUCAGUGCUCCUCACACAUCCCGAUUUUGUCGGCACAUUUUACAGCUGCUCGUUUCCUAUUAUCUAAAAGUGGUGAAACUUUUUUCGUGACAAACCCACACGUUAAUAAUGGUGUACAACCAAAACGAUAAGGAGUGUGUGUGUGUGUGUGUGGAGAUGUACUGCAACCAAACAACACCCCGACAAUGGCACCCACAAGUGGGUCGAGUUGAAACCGCACGAAAUCAUAGCAAUGAUAUCGUAUCAGCUAUUUUGAAGGAGGCAAUGGCUGCAACCCUGUUCCUAACUGGGUCUAAACAUCCUAUCGUCUCGAUUGAAGACAUGAAAAGUUUCAUUUCUUCUUAGACGCACUGUAGUGGAACAACAUCGGACCAUGGAGAAAAUAAUUAGCGUCAGUGACAAGCUCAGUUACGAUGACAAUGCCAUUCUGGGUAGAGGAACUGCUGGAUUCGUUUUUCGAGGAUCUUUUGAUGACAACAUCCCCGUUGCUGUUAAAAGACUUAAACUGGCCAGCAUGCAGAAAGAAGCUGUCCAAAAGGAAGGAGAAGAGAUGUUUGCAAGUUUAAGUCAUCUCAACGUGAUUAAGCUUUACCACAUGGAAGAAGACUUAACUUUCAAGUAUUUUGCGUUGGAACUCUGUGCUGCCUCUCUCGAUCAAUGCUUUUUGGCCGAUAGAGAUUCUAGAAAAUACAAAGGAUACUUACCACCUGAUAACGAAAUUCUCCUACAAUUGGCAAACGGACUGGAAUACAUCCAUUCCAAGGAUCUCGUUCAUCGUGAUAUCAAACCGGAGAACGUCUUGAUCUCGUUAACGGAACCUGUGCUAGUGAAAUGGUCUGAUUUUGGCCUGUGUAAACCGUUGAGUAAGAAGGAAGCCAUGUCGAUUAACGGGAUCAAAGCAACGCAUUAUUGGACGGCCCCAGAAAUUCUGGAUUUGGAAAAUCAACAUCCUAGUAGUAGUGAUCCUGACGGUCUAAGAGGGCGUGGUACCGUGUCCAGUGAUAUAUAUGCUUUGGGUCUGGUCUUUUUCUCGUUUCUGACCAAUGGAUUGCAUCUAUUCGGAUCCAAGAAUUUAAUCAUUCCCAACAUUAUGCGUGGAAAACCAGUCAAUUUAAGUAAAUUGGGCCAGACUCAUUUUGCCCAUGAAAUUAUAUAUAAUAUGACCAAAUUGAAGCCAGAAGAAAGGUGGGCUUUAUCGAGGGUCAUUAGCAUUUUACGACCUCACGAGAACAACACUGGGACAUAUCAUAUUGAAGAUUCUGGAUCCCUUUAACCCCCUGUGCAGUGAUAUUCAUGCCAUGUAAUUCACUUAAGCAGGGCAUUACAAAAUACAAGCCAUUCAUUUGGACAA